AUGGAAAAAGACCGGUAUUUCGGGGCCCGGGGCGACGCGCUCACCAUCUGGGUGACCGUCUGCUGCGCGACCGCCAUGACGCUGUUCGGCUACGACCAGGCGGUCUUCAGCGGCGUCAUCAUCAGCGACGACUUCCUGCGCGUCAUGGGCCACCCCAGCGCCAACAUGGUGGCCACCAUCACCUCGCUGUACGACGUCGGCUGUUUCUUUGGCUCCGUCGCGGGCUCCGUCUUCGGCUCCCAGCUCGGCCGCAAGCCGUCCGUCAUCUGGGGCACCGUCGUCAUGAUCCUCGGCGCCGUCCUCCAGAUCUCGGCCUUCUCCGUGCCGCAGAUGAUCGUCGGCCGCCUGGUCGCCGGCCUGGGCAACGGGCUCAACACUGCAACCGCCCCCGUGUGGCAGAGCGAGACCACCAAGCCCACCUGGCGCGGCAAGCUCGUCGUCUUGGGCCUGGUGGUCAACGUCGGGGGGUUCUGCAUCGCCAACUGGGUGGCCUUUGGCUUCUCCUAUCUGGCCGGCGGCAUUGCCUGGCGCUUCCCGCUGGCCCUGCAGCUGCUGUUUGGCAUUGUCAUCUUGUGUACAGCGCCUUGGCUGCCGGAAUCCCCUCGUUGGUUGAUCUCCAAAGACCGAAUUGAAGAGGCCACGCAGGUCCUGGCCGAUGUCCAUGGCGGCGGUGCCACCCCCUUGACCCCCGUCGUAGUCGCCGAGAGGAACGAGAUCCUACACGCCUACCGCGCCGAGCGCGACAACGCCGUCUCCUGGGGGGAUCUGCUGCGCAACAGAACGCGCGACAACGGCCAGGGCACGCUGCGCCGCUUCGUUCUCGGCCUGGGCACGCAGAUCAUCGUGCAGCUGUCGGGCGUCAACGCGACCUCGUACUACCUGCCCACCGUGCUGACGGCCUCGGUCGGGCUGCCGGACCGUCUCGCCCGGCUGCUGACGGCGGCAAACGGCAUCCAUUACACCUUCUUCUCCUUCCUGGGAAUGAUGCUGAUCGACAAGUGGGGGCGGCGCGGCGCAAUGCUGUUCGGCACGACGGGCUGCGCCUGCUGCUACUUGGCGCUGACGCUGCUCAUCUGGGCGGGCUCCAGCACUACCAGCUCCGGGAUGCAGCACGAGUACGGCGCCGCGGCGGUGUCGAUGAUCUUCCUAUACUACGCCUUCUUCGGCACGGGCUGGCAGGGCACCGCGUGGCUGUACAACACCGAGAUCAACUCGCUGCACAUGCGCAUGAAGGGCGCCUCCGCCAGCGUCGCCGCCCAGUGGGCCGUCAACUACAUGGUCGUCCAGGUUACUCCGCCGGGUAUCCAGAACCUCGGCUGGCGCUUCUACCUCAUCUGGCUCUUCUUCAACUGGUUUUCCAUCCCGGUCCUCUAUAUCUUCUACCCGGAGACCGCCAACCGCCGCCUCGAGGACAUCGACACCGUGUUCAAGGAGGGCCUGAGUGUCUGGGCCUUUACCAACCGCGAGGCCAUCCAGGUGCGCCGCCCAGAGCGCUUCAUCGCCAUGGACCUCCAGGAGGAAGAGGCCGCCACGAUCGAGAUCAAGGGCGAAGCCGUUCAACUAGAGCAUGUCGACCAAAAGAUUUGA